UGUUUUAUCACACAACAGCAAUUUUCAUGUUCCCACGAACCCAAACUCCAUUAACGCAACUAAACCAAAAAGUCUUCCUCCUCCUUUUCUCUUCAAUUCAUUUUGUUUUGUUUUGUAAUAUUUAUCUAAUUUUUCUUUAGUACUCGACAGUAAACUCGAGCAACAGAAUCGGAAUGUCAUCUCACUACCCGUCGGAGAUGGAUUCGGUCACCGAUUCCGUCACCUCCUCCCCUCGAUCCGACCAUUACCCGCACCAUGAUCUCCAUCCACGUGUCCGCUUCAUGUGCAGCUUCGGCGGCAAGAUCCUCCCUCGACCGCACGAUAACCAGCUUCGUUAUGUCGGCGGUGACACCCGAAUUGUUGCGGUCAACCGCUCCAUCAGCUUCUCCUCUCUCCUCACCAAGCUCUCUAAACUCUCAGGUACGGGCGGUAAUGUUAGCGUGAAGUACCAGCUGCCAAACGAGGAUCUUGAUUCGUUGAUAUCUGUGACGACCGAUGAGGAUUUAGAGAACAUGAUGGAGGAGUACGACCGAUUAGCACAGAAUCAAAACCCGCGCUCCGAUCGGCUCCGGUUGUUUCUUUUCAACAAAGGGGACGGCUCAACGGCUAGCAGCAUCGGUUCUCUCCUUGACGGCUCGGCUAAUCGAGAACACUGGUUUUUAGACGCUUUAAACAGCGGCGGCGGCGGCGCGCUGCUCGAGCGCAAUCGCUCUGAGGCUUCCUCGGUCGUCUCCGAGGUACCGGAUUACCUUUUCGGGUUGGAUAACUCCGAUGACACGCAGACCCGGGAGCUGAAAUCGAAGACCCGGUUUGGCCUGCAUGACAAUGUUUCGGUUUCGGACCCGGGUUCUCCCGCUCCGGUUGUUUCAUCUCCGUUCUGCUCCACUUCUUCUGCUCCGACCGUGGCUUCUCUCCCGGAUCUUCCACCGGUCAAGACCAAACCCGAUAACGCAGAUCCAGUGGUUGAACCGAAACAUGAUUGUAGACCGGAGGGAUACGUAGAGCAACCAGCAAUUCAGCAAUCCGGGUAUUCCGGUAGCCCGAUUUGGCAAUACGCUUCAACUCCGCAGUAUUUGCCUCCGGCGAUGCAGCAGUUGCCGGUUUAUUAUGUUCCGCAGGGGAACACUCCGGUUCAACCAGUAACAGUUCAGGCGCCAUAUGCUCGUCAGUACCCGGUACAAACGGGUCAGAUACCAAUCGGGUACCACCAGCAGGUGGCGGGUUUAUGCCCCGUCUAUGGCGGAACAGUGAGGCCUGUUGCGGCAGCAGCAGAUCCAUAUGACACUUCAAUCAGAGUAGUUGGUGAUGGAAUGAACCAGCAAGUUUAUUACGGAGUGAAAAAUCCGGGUCCGGGCCAAGUGUACUCAGGUAUGAUGGUUUCGGGUGGGGAAGAAAUGUAUGUGAGGGGUUCCGAUGCGAAUCCGGGGCGGGCAACACAGUGAUGAUGAGGAUAAGAUUGGUAAUUAAGUGAUGCCGUUUUGCUUGUAUCAUUUAUGUUUGCGAUUGGUGUGAAUUAUAAAGUGCCUUUUUUUUUGGUGGGUGAGAAAAAGAAAGAAAGAAAAAAAAAAUAAAUUGAAAAAAAUAAUAUUUGCAUGGAGUUAGGGAAAGAACUUUGUGAAUUUGAAUUUUGGGCUUUUUAGAAAAAGAUUGUAUAUAUUGAAUAUUUUAUCUUCA